CAGAUUCAGUAGGACAAGUUCCUCCUAUAUAUAUCCAUCCUCAAAACAAACCUACACAACACCUACCACCUAUUCUCUCAUUCUUCUUCUUCCCCUUUGCGUUCAUCUUUCACUAUUUCUUCUACUUUUUUUUCUAACUAACUAAAUAGUUAGUUAUAAACAGAAAAACAAAUCAAAGUUAGUUUAAAAUAGAUAACAAAAAAAAAUGGAGUUAGGUAGUUGCACAGAUGAAACCACCACAAGCAAUGACUCUCUUUCGGUAUCUCUUGUUCCGGCGAAACUAUCUCCACAGCCGCAGAUGAACACACUCAGUCGCGUUGGAAGCGGUGCUAGCGCCGUUAUCGAUCCUGAAAACUGUGUCGGCUCCGGCGAAGCUGAAUCUCGUAAACUCCCGUCGUCGAAAUACAAAGGCGUGGUGCCACAGCCGAAUGGACGUUGGGGAGCUCAGAUUUACGAGAAACAUCAGCGCGUAUGGCUUGGUACGUUCAAUGAAGAAGACGAAGCCGCCAGAGCCUACGAUAUCGCCGCCCUGAGAUUCCGUGGCAAAGACGCUGUCACUAAUUGUAAGAGCCUCGGCGGCGUCGAAAACGAUACCGACGAAGCUGAAGCCGAGUUUCUCAACUCGCAUUCCAAAUCCGAGAUCGUUGACAUGCUUCGGAAACAUACGUACGACGAUGAGCUUAAGCAGAGCAUGCGCGACUCGUGUGGCGGAAGGCAGCGGCGAAACGGAGAAUCUGCUGGUUUAGCGUCACGUGGCGCGUGUGAAGCUAAGGCGCGUGAGCAGUUGUUUGAGAAAACCGUUACGCCAAGUGACGUUGGAAAAUUGAAUCGGUUGGUGAUACCGAAACAGCACGCGGAAAAGCACUUUCCGUUAAAUGCUGUUGCCGUGUCUGUCUCCGGCGAUGGAACCUCGCCGUCAGUUGCGGCGGCGAAGGGUUUGCUAUUGAAUUUCGAAGACGUAGGAGGGAAAGUGUGGCGAUUUCGUUACUCUUAUUGGAACAGUAGCCAGAGUUACGUUUUGACUAAAGGCUGGAGCCGGUUCGUUAAGGAGAAGAAUCUCAAAGCCGGUGAUGCGGUUCGGUUCUUCAGGUCGACCGGACCGGAUAGACAGCUCUACAUAGACUGCAAAGCCAGGAGCAUUAGCGUUGUCGGCGUCAGUAUUGGUGAAACCAAUAAUAUCACCGGUGGUUUGUUUAUUCCGGUCCAACCGGUAGUUGAACCGGUUCAAAUGGUUCGGCUUUUUGGGGUAAAUAUUUUGAAAAUACCUGGUUCUGAUGGUGUUGGUGUUAGCUGUACUGGGAAAAGGAAAGAGAUGGAGUUCUUUACCUUAGAAUGCAGCAAAAAGCCAAAGAUUAUUGGAGCCUUAUAACAUUAUAGUAAAAGUUAAUUUUCUUUUUUAUGUUAAGAGUUUAAUUUGAGUUUUAAAAUUAUGUGAAUGAUCAAAUCAUGAGAAAAGAAUUAAUAGUAGUGUAGUUGCAAGUUGUAAGAAUGCACGUUGCAAAAGCUGAAUUGUACAUUAUUAGAGAAAAGUAGUUUAUGAACAAUAACAAGAGGGUUUUUGAAAAUGAAAUGAAAGAAGACAACUGUUUAAUGUUUA